GGGGUCAGUCGUCGCCGCGCCGCAUUGUGGGGAGUGGGAGCGCGGGGUCACUCAGGGGUCACGAUAGCGACGGCGGCUGGGACGAUGGAGGCGCGCGUGGUGAUGCGUGUGCAUGGAUGGAGGCUGGUGUGCUCAGGGCCAGGUGUCAGGUGGGCACACAACAGCAACCCCAAGGAGCAAUGGAAAACGAAGAUACAGCACUACUACAAUCGCUUCUCUGAUGUGGAAUUUCUGGUCAACUCCGUUUAUUUCUUCCGUCGUUGGCGUCUCCAGUCACAAAACAAAAAUUUUGAAUUAACGAAGAAAAGGCACGGAAAGAAUGUGGCAGCUGCACAUUUCAUCCUCUCCAGAGGAGGAGGUGUAAGAUUUGCAGGGCAAGAGACGUGGUACAGGGCUAAGAAGGGAAAGUUCAGCUGGGACUUUUUGAAGCAUGUUGAUGUGAAUUUGGAAGAGGUCGAUGCCAGUGGACUUCCAAUCAACUACGAUGGAUUUGAUAACUUGGAGCAGAUGGAGCAGUUGAAGGCAUUGUAUUUGCGGAACUGCCCAAACGUGGAUGACUGGUGUCUCAACCGGUUGCAUAUGUUCCGUGAGAGCCUUGAGGAGCUGCACCUCACAGGCUGCCCACUGAUAACAGACCGUGGGCUCGCCUCACUCCACAACCUCACGAACCUGAAGUACCUGGAGUUGUCACACCUGCCACUGGUGUCCCAUAAGGGCCUCGUCAAGAUACUGGUGGAUGAUAUGCUGCCCAACACCACAGUCAUCAUGGAAGAUGCACCGAGUUUGAACGAGGAGACAUUACCUGAGCAAACUUGAAAAUACUUGGAAAAGCUUUCAAAUUGAGUGCCUGGCCAAUUUUAUAAUUCAUCUGUGAGCAAUUCUAUUUUGUGCCAGUGGAGUCAUUAUUAAUGGUUGCUAAAGGCUUGACUCAUCAUUUAAGUUGGCAGUAUACUGAAAUAAUUUCCUAAAUUAGUAACAAAUAAAAGUUUGAUACAAUGUAUUUUAGAGUCCAUUGAGUUUUUACCAAUUGCACAUGAGAAUACAAUUUGUUGAUUAUAGCAUUUAUUUUACAACAGCUCAAUGGUUCAGAUGAAAAUGGGAAUGCUUUAUAUGAAACGGAUAAACUAUUACUCCAUCCCCGUCAAAAACGAUUGAUUUAAAAAUUCAAUCAACACAGCAAUGAAAUGAAGCAUUUUAAUCAAAUGUAGCAUAUGUAAUUGAUGGAAACUGAUUUCUAAUGUCAGUUCUAAGUCUUUAAAAACCUUAUAAAACAUGACUGUACAAUGUUGAUGCAAUGUUUGUCAAAAGUUGUAUAUUAACAAUAAAUCCAAACAGUUCAGGUGA